AUGGUCGUAUUUGGCCACCAUGAUCCGCGACGUGUAGAAAUCGGAGUCUGGGUCGAACAAAGUUCGGUCCGAGUCGGCGGAAACUGGUCUGUUUUGCUUGCGUUGUUCGUCGUAGAUUUGAAUAGCUUUAAUGUCCUUGAUUCUUGCAAUCUCCUCGCUGAUCAGCGCAAACGGAAUCCACACCGCACAGCCCCAAGGAAUGCCCAAAAAGCCGAACAGCACGAUUGCCUGGACCGAGGUCGAGAUGAAGAACGUGGAGAGCGUAGACACGAUAAACACCACGUGCGAGUAGAUCCACAGCUGGCGCAUGUUGAUGAACCGGUGGUUUUUCAGUUUUUCCACCAAGGUCGGCAGCACAAGGUCCACGGCGAGCGUCACAACGGCGUGCACCAGCAGCGCGAGAGUCCCGCGGCGAACUCCUUCGUCGAGCAGCUUUUGUCGUUCGUCCGGAGGCAGGUUCAACGGGUUGUUAUACCCGUUUUCGUAAAGAUACAGUUCACCAACGUAGGUGGAGGUGUAGAAAAGCAUGGGGAAGUAGCCGAUCCAGGCGAAAAACUCGGCAUAGCACACGAUCUUGACCUGCUGUGGCAGUCGUCUGAUCGACCGCAGAACCUGCCAGAAGAACGACUUGACUGCGGUGAAAAUGGUGGCAUGUUCCUGGUCCACGCCCAUGUCCUUGAGUCUGCGUUCUGUCUUUUUGCGCUCGAGCCGGAUGGCCACGUCGUAGCGCGGGUUCUUUUCCUUGAUCACAAACACCGAAAUGGAGGUCAAUGCGAGCAUGAUGAUGGCCACGAGCCAACUGAGCACUUUAAACUGAGAAUUCCCGAGCCAGGGGAACAGCGAGCUCAGUUCCAAAGUUCCGAGCCAGAAGCCAACAAUGUUGAACCCGCCGAUCAUACGCGCAGCCCAGGCGUUGGCGAUCUGUUGCUGGACGCUCGGAACCACGUCGACGAUCAAGGCACGGCAUGA